AAACCUUCAAAACACAAGAAAUGGCCAGCCAAUAAAUUACGCAUGCGCAGUAAUCGGCGCUUUAAAACAAGUCUUGAGGAGGGAACAUGAAGGCAGUUGCAGGUGGACUUGAAUUGUCGUCGAGGAUGUCCGCUGCUGAGUUCAUAUGGGAACCACAUAGCCGUGAUUGAAUUGCAUCGCCGAGGCGUUGCAGGAUGAAAAGUCUCUGUGUUCGCCAUGACUCUGAGAUCCACGCUGUUUCCAAAGACGGGAUCCAAGCAGAGCACUGACUCCAUCGACACUGACAAAACGCGUAUCGGGGCCACUACCGUGUGUCCCGUGAGCCUGAAGAGGGAGUCCCGCGACUUCGUCAUAGAUGCUCAAGACGUGCAGGGGGGCCAGAUCCCGAGCAAAUCAAAGGUCCUAGACCAGAAUUACAUGACAAGCAAAGUUGCCCUCGCUGCCACAGUUGCAGAAGUAGUUCAAGGAGAAAAUAAAACUGUGGGGGUAUUGUCCCCUGUCAGACCAAUGGGGGGUGAGGGAACCCCGGUGAAAGGUAAACCCCUCUCUGUUGACAACAUGGAUAACCCUCAGAUGGCUGUGAACAAUAACCCUAAGGAUGCUGGUGCUGAUGACAGCGUGAAGGGGGUUGUCCCUGGAGUCCUCGGCACCGCAUCCAUAGAACUCUCCUCUGAGGGCAAGUGGAGGAACAUCAGGAAGACCCCUGCCAAUCCCCACACGCAGGCCAACUGCCUCCGACAGAUCCUCCUCCUGCAACUGGACCUCAUUGAACAACAGCAACAACAGCUGCAGUCCAAGGACAAGGAGAUCGAUGAGCUCAAGGCAGACAAGGAGACACUGCUUGCGCGUAUUGAGCGCAUGGAGCGUCGCCUGCAGCUUACGAGGAAGGACCCGCCACGUGACAAGCGGCUUUUCCAGCCCCUGGAGCCAUGGACCCCCGACAAAGAGGACAUGUGGGAUCUGGAUGUAGAGGAGAGUCCACAGCCCAACCAAGCCACUCCACUCCCCUUUAGUCGGGGUGGUAAAGGUCAAAAGAGGAAGUCUUGCUUUGGAGAUCCAAAAGUCCAGAAGUCACGGGGCAAAACUGCCAAGCUUAGCCCCCAGAAACCUGAGAUUCAGCCCGGCUCUCCCAAUCAAAGAGAGCUGCGCAGUAAGGAAACCCCAGAGAAGACAGUUCCCAUGAGGUCUGGGACAGAAAGGGACAUUUUGCUUCCAUGCAAAGAGGAGCCUGAGCUGAGCUGCCAGAUGGAAGAUCUGCCCUUCAUGUCUACCACAGAGAUGUAUCUCUGUUGCUGGAACCAACCUCCUCUGUCCCCUCUGCGUGAGACUUCCCCUAAAAAGGAGGAAGAGGUGGCCAGUGAGUGGACUCCUCAUGUAGUACAUGAUAUGCUGAUUGUUUUUCCAUCCUGGAGAGAAAAUUACAUAGAGCCUUUGGACGAUGACUCCUUCAGCUCUGCUGAGCCGCUGGACGAUAAUGUGUUUUUGAAACGCCACUCGAAGCUUGAGUUGGAUGAGAAGAGGAGGAAAAGAUGGGACAUUCAGCGAAUCAGAGAGCAGCGCAUGUUCCAGCGUUUGCAGCAGCGCAUGAACAGGAAGAAAGUCGUCCAGGAGACAGAGCCGGAGCUUUCAUCCUUCUAUCCUGACACUGAAGAUGUUGAAACUAUAGUGAUCACCCCCUUCUUGCCUGUGGUUGCGUUUGGCCGGCCGUUGCCCAAACUCACACAACAGAACUUUGAGCUGCCUUGGCUGGAUGACCGGAGCCGGUGUCGCAUCGAGGUGCCCAAAAAACACACACCUCACCGGACCUGUCGGAAGUGAAUCCCACACGGCUCGAUCGGCGGAGAGAAGCCGCUCCACACCCCGAGUUUAGAAAACGCCACAUUUGUCUUGUCUUUGUGUGUGGGGGUAGGGAAGACAAGUCACCAGUCGCUAUGUAUAACUGCUGUUGCUUUCAGUCUGUGGCAGAGUAAAAUGACUUUCCAGUCUCAACAUGUCACCACAGACCAGCUGAUCUCCUGCAGAGUAUUGGGAAAGGAUGGGAGAUAGCUGCGCCAUUGGGUGUCCUUGAUAUUUUCGAUCUCAUUUACACCUCUGAAAGGAAGUGCUUGUUGCUGCAAGAUUACAGUCCCCCCUGUUAGCAGCAUCAGUUUCUGUCCUAAAAACCACCAACAGUUAUAUGCAUGUUCUGUAACAUGAUUGAGAUGCAUUUAGUCAGAGCUGUGCCAUCUAAAACUGACUUUAUUAAACAAAAGUGGAGUUUCUUUCAGUUUUUAUGCGUAGUCUGCUGACAGGAAAAAAUGAGGACUCUAAUCUUGAAUGCAUCUGAGUGGAGGGGGGGGUUAUCACUGUUUGCCAUUUAGACUGAAAAGCAGAGCAACACCGUUACAAGGCUUUUGCUCUGGGUUGUCCCACCACACUCAUUCUCCUGCCUAAGUGGAAAAAAAUGUCAAAAUCUGACUGUAUCGUGCUGUGUUAUUGCCUAUAUCGUUGUUCGCACACAACUUCAAAUAAGAUUUUAUCAAUGUUUAGUGUGAUAUCUGGAAUUUUGAGCAAACACUCAGCAUGAUUUCAUAUUUAAAAAAGAAAUUACAGCUUUUGAACCAAUCUGAUGUAAGCAAAAAAAAAAAAAAAAUAUUGAGAAAAGCAACCAAAUGAUUGUUCUGUGUUGUGUGGGGGUUUUGCUUCAUGAAAACAGCACGGAAAAUUUAGACAGGUGGUAAACCUGGCGUGAAACCCAGUGAUCUGUUCCCAGUUUUCUUCUUAUUACUUUUUUUUUUUUCCUUUUAUGUGAGUUGCAUGGACUCUAUUUAGCUGUGUCAAAAAAGAUGGUAGCAUGGCUUAACCCCAGAAUGGAGAAUAAUCUCUGCUUAUUUGGGCAACAAAAACUACAAAAUAUUGUUCUUGAAAGCAUGAUCUUUUUGGCUGCUCUGUUCAGUGAGAAUUUGCUGCGUUCAGCCCUGAACAGCCUCAUCGUUAAGGCGAUCUGAUAAUAACAAAGUACAGUUCUGAUCUUAAUUUUAGUGUUUCCAAUCUUUACAACGCGCUUACAUCCAGUAAAUAUUAGGCAAGUUAUGUGUAUGCAUUGGUCCUUGAGGAUGCUGUCAUCCAGAGGAGCCAUUUUAGAUGAUAAAUAAGCUUCCUAGCUGUAGUUCUAGCGAUGUUCACCAGUAUGCUCUUUAACAUGCUGCCAGUUAAUCUCUCCCUCUCUGACUUUAAUCUCAGUCACGAUCGCAGUGUUUGAUUUCUGCCGGUGUUUCCUACUCGCUGCAUUUGCUCGACCUGUUUUUACAUAUGACGAUGCAACGGCUUUCUGCAGCUUCAAUACUUCAACUGCCAUGCGUACAGUAUGUGUAGGCAGAUGUUGGAAAUACAAAGUUGAUUUUUUUUUUCUCUGUACAUAGCUUUCAGAAACAAAUGUACAUAAAACAUGGCUGUUAUUUUUUUAUUAUUUAAUGUCGGAAGUGUUGAGUACAUUCAAUAUUGUUCUAUGAUUGUAUGUUGACAAAAUUGACAGUUUUGAAAGUGACAUUUUUUUGGAAUAAAAUUAACUUGUCUAUGAUA